AGCUGUCUGGUUUUUUUUUGUAACCAAAAUGAAUAAAAUAACACGAGAAUUUAUUAAAGUUUUGAGACAAAACAAUAGUCCCACUUUGCUGGGUCGUCAAUUGUCAUAUAAGAGUGAUAUAUCCUUGGAUAAAAUCUAUCCAAAUGCCCGACUCCAACUCUACACGCCUCCCCCGCCACCGCCCAGCGGUAGUAAAAAAUUUAAUGGUUUUAUACCAAUAAACAAAUUAGAGAUCACCUAUAGUCGUAGCUCUGGUCCCGGUGGCCAGCAUGUGAAUACUGUCAAUACCAAAGUCGACCUCCGCUUCAAGGUGGCCGAAGCGGAUUGGCUGUCUCAGGAGACACGGGACAAGCUACUCAAAGCCCUACACAAUAAGAUAACUAAAGAUGGUUACUAUUUCAUUAAGAGCGAUCUAACUCGCUCCCAGCAAAUGAAUCUGGCCGAUGCUUUGGAAAAGUUGCGCACUCUAAUACGAGCCCAAGAGGUGGAAGCCGCGGCAGGACCCAGCGAGGAGACACUAGAGAAACUACGGCGACGCCAGGAAAAGGCAGUACGUGAGCGCUUGCAACUGAAACGCAGUCGAGCCCAGGUCAAGGCUGAUCGUCAGGGGCCAUCUGGAGUUGAGUUAUAGAUAUUUCUUGUAUUUAAUUAUUACAUAAGAACUUUGUUAAAUAUUAAAUGAGGAAACUAUUUUUAAAUAUUUCUCAGAAAUUUGUUAAAUUGAAAAUAGAGAUCCGGCCCCGGAAUUGGGUAUAUAAAAUUUUA